AUGUUCACUAUCGGCUCAAACCCAGCAGCAACAACCAUAAAACCUGUGUCAACUAAAGUACCAACCCAAACCGUGACAACUAAUUAUAUGACUACAUUAACAACGAACAUGACGUCCACAGCACCAAAUAUGGAAAUAAUAAUAAAUAAUAUCACAAAAAUGACCACAGAAGCAAUGAGUACAAUGAUGUCACCGACGACAUCGAUGACAAAGAUCACUACGUCAGCCACGACUACAGCAUCAACCACCACUACAACAUCGGAGACUAGUCAAUCUGUAGUCUCAGGAAGGAAUGACAUCGUUUCUGAACUUCGACCAGAUGUUGGCGAAUUCGGUGAUUUCCAAGACUAUGAAUACUGUCCUGAAGGGUCACGGGCCUACGGCUUUCGACAACGCGUCGAAUUCUUUCAAUUCACACGUGACGAUACGGCUUUAAAUGCAAUACGCUUACAUUGUAGAAAACAUGAUGGCACUAUCACUGGCAACAUAAGUUCUUUUGAAGGAUAUUGGGGUUCUUGGAGUAAUAGUGCAUACUGUGGGGAUGUAAAUGGUGUUUAUAUGUUUUAUGCUGCUUUUAAGAUUGAAGAUUACCGAGGACCAUCGAUAGACGAUACUUCAGCAAACGAUUUCAGGUCACAGUGCUGGAAUGGUACUGUAGUCAGCAAUAAUGCUCUUCAUGCCAGCAAUGGCAAUAUGUUUGGCACUUGGAAGCGAUCAGACGCUUGUAACAAAGGAUCAGCUAUUUGUGGUAUCAGUUCAAAAUUCGAUAAACCACAAGGCGAAGGUUACGACGAUACAGCAAUGAACGGCGCUUUUUUUAAAUGCUGUUCAUUGUAG